CAACCCACCCUCCCUUUUGCCUGCGUCUGCGGUACCCUCACCGUCGACAUAUUCCUGCGACGUACCUUAAUACAGCCCAUAUUAACACAUGCAUACUGGUCCACUACCGACCUUCAUUUCCUAGGUUUCCUUUCUGCCACAUGGUGGACGCACACGGCCGUAUUGGGGUGCGGUACGCAGCUGUUUGGUCGCCUCUUCCGCCGCUCUGCGAUACUUCACGACACGCCAGCAGCAACCACUAUUGGACCGAGUUCGGUACUGCCUUACUAAACCCUCUGCCUCCUUCGUGUUACCCGUCUGCCCUAGCCUCAUAUCUCAUAACUCCGCCGAAGCCACUGUUUCUGUCCGCAAGCCGCGGCCGAAGCUUUCGUCUCGUAGCCGCGCCAGACGACGCUGCAAUAUCCCGAUGGAUCCCUUCGCUCCCACCCAGGAACCCGACGAAGGUUAUUCCGAGCAUCCCCUGAAUCCCUCAGACCCGGGCAGCCUCGCGAGUAAUGCACCUCUGCCGGUCAAGCAGUCGCCCGCCGACAUACCGGCAUGGCUGUCCGCCCAAUUACCCACCCUAUCGGUGCACCAAAAGACUCGUCUCGCCAUGCUCAUCCUCAACGAAUUGCCUACCACUGUCAUCGCAGACAUCGUCUCGAACGAGCUGAAUCCCCGUCUCUAUAUCGACUUCGUUCAGCGGCUACCCCCGGAAAUAUGCCUCAAGAUCCUUGGCUACCUGGACCCGGUGUCCCUGAUACACGUUGCGAUGUGUUGCAGGGGCUGGUACGAACUAGCUGUUGAUCGCAAGCUGUGGGAAAGGCUGUUCUACCUGGAAGGGUGGAAGGCUAUACCGUCCGAGAUCAUGGCCGCGGAGCAGCGGAUGAACGAAAGCAUCGCUUCUUCUCUCAUCUCGCCUCAGAGAGCCCGUCUUCUCGGAGACGGCCACGUCAGCAAGAAGCGAGCCGUGUCGGAAUCAACGGCACCAGACGAUGAGGAUUCCGAAAUGGUCGAUGCCGAUGCACCCGCAGCACAGGAAUACCCGCAUGCUCAGUUUACCGGGAUGAGCCUCUUCGGCGGUCCUCAGCCCGGCGGAAGCAGCUUGUCCGCGCAGAGUAAUACCAGUAUCGUUCAACAUAUGGGUAACCUAAUGAUGAAAUCACCUAGUCCGGUGCCAGAUUUCAGGGGGCUGCCCGCCUCUCGGGGAUACAACGGCAAGGGUAAAGGUAAAGCGACACCUGAUUUCUCGGAGCCUUUGCGUUCUAUGCUCCCAACCACCCCCGGUUUUCCUGGCCGGUCUAAGUCCAUGCUCUGGAUUUACGACGCGAGAGACGGCAGAUUCAAGAUUAGCUGGAAAUACUUAUAUACGAUGAGACGAAGGCUGGAGCAGAAUUGGGAUCGUGGCCGAUAUACAAAUUUCCAAUUGCCCCAUCCGGAACAUUUAGAAGAGGGCCAUAACGAGUGCAUCUACAGUCUUCAGUACAACGCCGACUAUCUCGUCAGUGGUAGCCGCGAUCGCACCCUACGGAUCUGGAAUUUGCGCACCCGACGCCUCAUACGACCGCCCUUACGAGGCCAUCUAGGAUCAGUUCUCUGCUUACAGUUCGACUCGGACCCUGACGAGGAUCUCAUUGUUUCCGGGAGCAGCGAUUCCGACGUGAUUCUGUGGAGGUUCUCCACAGGCGAAAUUCAGCAGCGACUUCGAAACGCCCACAAGGAAUCUGUGCUGAAUGUCAAGUUCGACAAACGCAUCCUCGUAACCUGCUCGAAGGACAAGACCAUCAAAAUCUUCAAUCGGGUGCCGCUGCGCUCUGGUGAUAUGGGAUAUGGCGAUGGCGUCAAUCCCGUCCCGGUGAAUCUGAGGAAUUACGGUUACGAUGAUUCGCCACUAAAUCAGCUCGCCAUUAAGCCGCCGUAUACGAUGAUCGCAUGCCUCGAAGGCCACGGUGCCGCCGUAAAUGCGGUGCAGAUCUGUGGUCACGAGAUUGUCUCGGCGAGCGGUGACAGACACAUCAAGGUGUGGGACUGGCCGAACCAGAAAUGCCAACGGACUUUUCUAGGGCAUAACAAAGGGAUUGCCUGUGUCCAGUACGAUGGCAGACGCAUUGUUAGUGGGAGCAGUGACAAUGAGGUCAAGGUAUUCGACCGCGAAACAGGCGUCGAGGUGGCGAGCUUGCGGGCGCACAGUAACCUCGUUCGGACGGUACAGGCCGGGUUUGGUGACCUCCCUUACAGCGUCGAACAAGACCAGCUAGAGGCGAGAGCUGUCGAUCAGGCGUACUUCAAGGCUUUGCGCGCGGGUGAUCUGACGGAGGCGCCGUCGCUAAGGCAUCGACCCUAUAAUGCCGGAAGCCGGCGACCAGAGGAUAUUACGGCUUAUGGGGCCAAGUUACCUCCUGGCGGCGGCGGCGGGCCGUAUGGUCGCAUCGUCUCCGGUUCGUACGAUCAGUCCAUUAUAAUAUGGCGACGGGAUCGCGAGGGUGUCUGGAGAAGUGCACAUACCCUCAGACAAGAAGAGGGUGCGGCAGCCGCUCUCAGGCAGAAAACAUCCGCCUCUACUUCGGCUGCGCAACCGACGUCGUCUCUAACCCCCGAACCUAGAAACGCCUCCUCUAUGAGCCCACCGCCGGCCCUCCCGCAAACAACGUCAACCUUCACCCAUGUCGAGCACCCUAUUAUCGCUACUAUCACCCCUCAAACUACAGCUUCUUACACUCAAAUGAUUGACACCUACGUGCCCCUAGGGCCGACCGCUCUUCAGCAAGCCUUAGCCGCCUACCCAACGAUGCUGACUUACCAGACCCACAUCGCAGACGCCAUUGAUCGCGAGCCAAACGCAAUGGUCCGCUCUGAUCUUCGACAGGUCGUCAACAUGGCCGUGGUGAGGGCACAUAUUGCUCAAAAUCGCAUCAGGGAGUCCGUACAGCAAGCUCUUGCUGUGACGCCAAAUCCCGGUGACCUAUCUCUCGGAAUGCCGGCGCAAGUAAGCACCGCAAUAGCGGGCACACCCAAUCCUUCUUCGGCCAUGGAACACGGCUCGACUGGCAACGGCGGCGGCCCACCGCCGAGCCUACAUGGCCAACAGCAACCUGGCCAGUUGCAUUCCCAACUCCAGGUUCAUGGGCAUCAAUACCAGCACCCUCAUAUCGCACAGGCCGACACUAGCCCUGCCAGGAUCUUUAAAUUGCAGUUCGAUGCGCGGCGGAUUAUCUGCUGUAGCCAGACAAGUACUAUCAUAGGCUGGGACUUUUGUAACGGGGAUCCGGAUGUCGAAGAGGUCUCGGCGUUUUUCGCGACCAUAGAGUAGAGGUCGGUGAGCACGUCUCAGGCCACGCUCGCGUCUUUCUCACGCGCGGUCUUCGGGAAUACGCCAAUAAGGAAAAGUCACCGUGCUUGGGUAUUGCAAUCGAUAGCAACGACGUAGCGUAAUACAACA